AUGAACUUUGACCGCUUUCUGGACAAAUUCGACGAAUCAACUUUGGUAACGAUGAAACGACAUUAUUGGACUGCUAAGCAGCUGUUGAGGACAAAACUGGGCAAGAAGGAAGACGAGCAUCUUCAAGCGUCCGAUGCAUCUCUCGACUCGAAGCUUACCCUAUUCCGAUCAGUCAGGUCCACAUCGGAGAGCCUAUUAGCUUGCAUUGAAAACUAUCAGGGGCUUCUUUUGGAUUCCACCUUAUGUGAGAACGAACUCGGUCGAUAUCUCAAAGACCAAGGAAAAGCUGAUAAACGCGAAGAUACCGGACGAAUGAUGGUGGCUCUAGGCCGAGCGCUGAUGUUUAGCAGUCAUCAGAGAGCAGCAGUUCGUGUACCGUUAAUUAGGUUUUAUCAAGAGCUGCAGGUGUUCACAGAAAGGGCAAUUUUCGAUUGUGCGCAAACGGUAGAGGCAGUCGAACGGGCGCGACUCGAGUAUAGAGGAAGCCUGUUAUGGAUGAAGAAGACUAGUGAAGAGCUGGAUCCAGACACGGAUCGCCAGCUGGAGAAGUUUCGUGAAGCGCAAUCUGCAGUCCGAGUGAAUAAGGAGAAGCUCGACAAGCUCAAAAUUGAUACUCUACAAAAAGUCGAUCUGUUAUCCGCGUCUCGUUCGAAUUUGCUUUCUCAUCUGCUUGGAAAAUAUCUUGAUAUGCUGUGUGCCUUCUACGAAAGAACGUGUCGCGCUUACUCGGCCCUCUCAGCGAAUUUAUCCACUUUUCAACAUUAUGAUUUCGAGAUUUUGACGGUGAUCUCUUCAAUUAUUCGACUGCAGAUGAUGGUUGAAUUUUUCUAA